CUGCUGCCCUUCAUAAAAACUGGGUCCCGCAGUGUUCCUGUGUUAUGUGAUGUGAUAUUGAGAUGUCCACAGUUGGGUGUUAGGUGUUAACAGAGACUAAAGUAGACUAAAGCCCACUAACACCCUUAGAUCACACAUUAGGAUAUCUUUGCGCCACCUUUUGGCAGAUGUGCGGAACAACAACAUGUGCUGGUUCAGAUAAUUUCACUUUCUGUUCCGCUGAACUGAGACGAAACUCCAGAUCGAUUUUCUGCCAGUGAAUCAUCAUUCAGUUUUUUGGCGAUGGACAAGAAAGAAGCAACGCGAACCUGCGGCCAAUGCCACAAAGAGGUUGCAGAUGCCAACUUCGCUCUGCACGAAACCCACUGCAGCCGCUUCCUGUGUCUCUGUCCUGACUGUGAUGAAUCAGUUCCCAGAGAGCAACUGGACCAGCACCGAGAGGAACAACACACCCAGGUGAGAUGCUCCAAGUGUAACCAGAAGAUGCAACGCUGUUACCUUGCAGAUCAUGAGUCUGAUGAGUGUGUGGAGCGUCUGCAGAGCUGUAAGUUCUGCGAGCUGGAGAUGCCGUGGAAGGGUCUGGAUGAACACUGUCUGGUCUGCGGGAGUCGCACCGAGCUGUGCAGGGACUGCGGCCGCUACGUCACGCUGAGGGACCUGCCCGAGCACGGCUUGACCUGCUCAGAUACUGACAAUGGCUCCCGUCCUCCUCAAACUACCAGCAAACUACCAGCAAACAACACAAAAAUAACAGUGAUGUGUAACAGAUGCAUGGCGUCGUUUCCAGCUGAACAAAUAAACGAACAUGAGCUGGACUGUGUUCCAGAAACCAGGUCUGACGAUGAAGAGGAUGAGCCAGAGAAGGAAGAAUGGGAGCAUGAGGGUGAUUUCUCCACUCCCUGGCUAAGUAGAACCUACAAGUCAACCACCCUGCUAGACAGAGCCAGCAAUGGUCCCUGGGGUGAUGGAGGUGACCCAGACCAGAUCAGCACCUGCCCCCACUGUCAUCUGGCCCUGCCCCUCCGCACACUAAGUUGGCAUAAGUUGAAGUGCCAAAUCCACAUUGUCCUGAAAUAAAGAGAGAGAUCCUCCGAAUGGAAGAGCUGCUUCAGAGAUCAAUGUGUCAUUAGCAAAGAGACGGAAGAAACAUAUCUGGGAUGUUGAAAUGUAAUUGUAUUAUUUAGCUUUAUUUAGCUUUUUUAUACUUAAAUGAAGGUUUACAUUUUCUUUUUAGUUUUAGUUAGUGUGUGCAUGACUGGGGAGGAAAUGCUCUAUCUAAGUAAAGGUGACACUCGUGAUGGCUUUGUAAUGUUUUCUUUGUUAGAUACCAACACCGCUACUGAACUGAAAUGCUAAUUGCUUCUGUCUAAACCAGAGAAAACUUUAGAUGUUUGGAGUCAGAAACAUCAUGUUGAUCAAUUUCCACAGAAUCGGAUUAAAGUCUGUUAAAUUCUCCAUUAACAUUAAAGGUUUACAUGUCGAA